GGUGUUCUUAUAUUUCAGGUGAAGAGAUUGUUUUCUGAAGGCUGCGGUGUUGAAGGCUGUGACAAAGCGGAGAGCCUGUGUGGAGCUGAUGGGGAGGCUUUCUGAAUAACAUGGCCCUAUGCCAUUAGCCUUGCCAUGACCACAUUUUUCACCAGCGUCCCUCCCUGGAUUCAAGAUGCAAAGCAGGAGGAGGAAGUGGGCUGGAAACUAGUUCCCAGGCCUCGGGGCCGGGAGGCAGAGAAUCAAGUGAAGUGCCAAUGUGAAAUCUCGGGGACACCCUUCUCAAAUGGGGAGAAGCUGAGGCCUCACAGCCUCCCCCAUCCAGAGCAGAGACCAUAUAGCUGUCCACAGCUGCACUGUGGCAAGGCUUUUGCUUCCAAAUACAAGCUGUAUAGGCACAUGGCCACCCACUCGGCCCAGAAACCCCAUCAGUGCAUGUACUGUGAUAAGAUGUUUCAUCGUAAGGACCAUCUGCGGAACCACUUGCAGACCCACGACCCCAAUAAAGAGGCCCUUCACUGUUCUGAGUGUGGUAAGAAUUAUAAUACAAAGCUGGGCUACCGUCGCCACCUGGCCAUGCAUGCUGCCAGCAGUGGUGACCUCAGCUGCAAGGUGUGCCUGCAGACCUUUGAGAGUACUCAGGCACUGCUAGAGCACCUGAAGGCACACUCACGUCGGGUAGCAGGUGGUGCCAAGGAGAAGAAGCACCCCUGUGACCACUGUGACCGGCGGUUUUAUACUCGUAAGGAUGUUCGGCGGCACCUAGUGGUGCACACAGGCCGAAAGGACUUCCUGUGCCAGUACUGUGCCCAGAGGUUUGGCCGUAAGGACCACCUGACCCGUCAUGUUAAGAAGAGCCACUCACAGGAGCUGCUCAAGAUCAAGACAGAGCCCGUGGACAUGUUAGGCCUACUCAGCUGCAGCUCCACAGUCAGUGUGAAGGAAGAACUGAGCCCUGUGCUGUGCAUGGCCUCUCGGGACGUGAUGGGGGCCAAGGCCUUCCCUGGUAUGUUGCCCAUGGGCAUGUAUGGUGCCCACAUCCCUACCAUGCCCAGCGCGGGCGUACCACACUCCCUGGUGCACAACACGCUGCCCAUGGGUAUGAGCUACCCUCUGGAAUCCUCACCUAUCUCUUCCCCUGCUCAGCUCCCUCCAAAAUACCAGCUUGGAUCUACCUCAUACUUGCCCGACAAAUUGCCCAAAGUGGAGGUGGAUAGUUUUCUGGCGGAGCUUCCUGGAAGCCUCUCUCUCUCAUCCGCCGAACCCCAGCCCGCCUCACCUCAGCCGGCGGCAGCUGCGGCCCUCCUAGAUGAAGCACUGCUCACCAAGAGCCCCGCCAACCUCUCUGAGGCCCUCUGCGCUGCUAAUGUGGACUUCUCUCACCUACUGGGCUUUCUUCCACUCAACCUGCCCCCAUGUAACCCGCCUGGGACCACAGGAGGCCUAGUCAUGGGCUACUCCCAGGCUGAGGCACAGCCCCUGCUCACCACUUUGCAAGCUCAACCUCAAGAUUCUCCAGGAACUGGGGGACCACUGAACUUUGGGCCUCUGCACUCCUUGCCUCCUGUCUUCACCUCUGGCCUGAGUACCACCACCCUGCCUCGAUUCCACCAAGCAUUCCAAUAGCCCCCAAGGAGGCCCUUGGCUCAGUCUCUGGCUCUGUCAGGGAGCCUCAGUACCCACCUUGUCUGCAAAGGCAGCUGAGCUUUCAGAGCUGGGUUCAAAAAAGCAAAAAUUCCAGUGUCUGUAUGGAGCACUUGGUUUGGGGGUUCAGGUUCCAGGAUCAUUUCCAGAAGGAGCUUUGAGCCCCAGCACCGUGAAAAGAUCUCCUACCAUAGGACUUUCAGGUAUUUUUACUUUUAUUUUUAUUUUUUUAAUCUGAAUUGGGAGCCACACUUAGCCCUCUCCCUCUCCAAAGCAUCAGAACCACCUCCUCUUUGAAGAGGAAGGCUUCUUGGAGACACAGAGGGCUUUACCUUGGAUGACCUCAAGAGAAAUAGCUCAAGAGGCCUGCUUCUGGUCCCAGCCUACAGACCCCACAGCAGUUAGUUGGUCAGGCCCUGCUGUGGAAGGUCACUUGGCUCCAUCACCUGCUUCCAGCCAGCGGGCAGAAGGCCUCUGUUUUUCCCAUCACCCCAUCCCCACUGUACCACCAGCUCUGUUUUUAGUCAGUGUUGUCCAGCAACGGUACCGUUUACACACUUGCCUCAGACACACCAUUUCACCUCCCUUACCACGCUGUUAGCCUUAGAAUGAUUGCAGUGAACACUGUUUACACACCAUAAAUCCAUUCCCACCAGUCCAUUUCAGUUGGCACCAGCCUGAACCACUUGGUACCUGGUGUUAACUGGAGCCCUGUUUACAAGGCGGAGUCGGGUCUUGCUGACUUCUCUUCACUUGAGGUCACAUUUUUCCCCCGUGGGGAAAUAAACUGACUUUGGACUGCUUCAGUCUCUGCCAUCUUCUAUGACUGCGUCUGUUCCUGCCUUCCUCGGCAGUGUCCACAGGAGACAGGCAAGAAGAUUGGAGCAGCUUUCUCACAGGUCUACAAUUCUGUUUUUCUCCAAAUACAUCAUGACCCCCUCAUCCUCCUUUUGAACUGGAGAGGGGAAGAAAUGAAAGGCAUGCCCACAUCCAUCACCUCCCCAUCCCCUAACCACCACCUGCAACAUCAUGAGCUGUUGUUUUGUUUUUUGAUUUUUUUUUUUUUUUUUUUUUGUCUUGGAAGGAGGGACUCUGGGUUCCAGGUUGGUGUGAAUUGCAAAGGAGAAGGAAUGAGCCCUUUAUUUGUUUCCCUCCUGCCUGUCCCUUUUCCAGGAAGUUGUGGAAUUGUUGGAAGAAGAGUUUUCAGAAUGUUAGGACUGGGCACAUAGUUGAGUCCUAUCUAAUCAUUGUUGCCUCUCAUACCAAAAUUUUUCUUAUCCAUAGUGUCCCUUCUGUCUCUUCCAUUUCGCAGUCCCCAUGGACUCAUGGCCACUGUGCAUAGGCUUCUCUGCUCUCCAUCGAGAACUUCCCAUGGUUCAGUACCCCUCAGUUUUGCCCGUAGUAUCCAACAAGGCUUCUUGAGAGAAGUGAUUUAGUUCUUCUGAUUUGUGGGGCUCCCUGCAACAGACAGCACAACCUGUUCCCAGAACCCCACCAGACCCCAAACCCUGCUUCAUCUCAGUUCUGCAUGGGCUCUCCCCAUGCGUGGAAGGGAGGCAGCUCAGGGGCCACCAUUGUGGGGUCCUCCUUAGAACCCUCCUUUCUGACUCAGAAACACACUUCUACCUCUCUACUGUUAACUCCUACAGAUGCAGCCAGCCGUUUCUGGGCACUUCUGUCAAUGGGUGCCUCAUGCUGGCUUCUCCACUAGGGUUUCAGGACAAACUACCUAGGAACUGCCUCACCCUCCUACUCAGCCUCCUGUCCCCCUUCUGUCUAGAUUUACUUCAGGAAUUGAGUCAUCAGGAACUGCCCAGGUCCAGUACCCAGGCUUCUGCUUCAGCCCAGGCCAGUACUCCUUGUUUUAGGUGAAAGCCUUAAAAUUUUAGCUCCCUGACCCUUGACUGGAAGCAAUGUGGAGUGAAUAAUAAGCGUGUUUUGAUUUAGGCAGGGAAGCUUGGGAUACCUUUUAAAAAACAAAUAUAAAUAUGAUCAACAAGUUUAGCAUCAGACUAGAUGAUUUGCUUCUAAAAAUUUGUUUCCGUGAGUCCCAAGGACUAAUUAAAAUAUAUUUUUAAAAGCAUCUACCCUGGUACGCAGCCACCUUCUGCAUGCAGUGCGUGUUAUUUGGACUGGUGUUACAGGAAAUGAUCUGUGAGAGUCCAGGGACUCAUUGCUGCCAUUCUCCUUGUGUUUGGUCUUCCCCAGACCCAGCAGCCCUCUUUGCCUUGCCUGCCACCUUCCCUGCACCCUCAGAUUCUGCAGGGUUCCCCGACCGUACAAGAUGAAGUCCUGGACUGUUAGGGAGUCUUGCCCCGUUUGCCCUUUCCUGACUCUCCCCUCCAUUUGUGAUACCGAGAAGCUCAUAGGACAGGCAGCGCAACUAUUUAAAAUCUUAUAACUAGGGCCUGGCCACGACCUUUUUUUUCCUUUGCCCUCGCCUAUUCCCAUCUCUCUUCUGUCUCUCUUCAGUGCCCUUACUACCACAAGGAAUUUUCCUGUCACUGUGAACUUUGCUAGUGCAGAAGAACAUUAUCUGCCUACAUCUUUGGACCAUAUCCCUGCUGUUUCUUAGCUUCUUCCCAUCCACUGCCCAGAAAAGCCCUUUUGGCCUCACUGUUCAAAGGAUUUUUAAUCUGUGCUCACUUCAGUACCCCUACUGAGGCCAUGAGAUCCUGAAGGGCAUGUGCCCAGGUCAGGAGCCAUGCAUGGCAUGUGGCACACACCAGUCAGGGACCAGAAAAAAGGAGUGAUGUUCUCUUUCCCUGCCACCUCUUCCAGACUGUCAGCAGUGAGCUGGCCUGUACAGGAGGACAGGCAACUCCCACCCUGCCCAGUAGGUGGCCAGAGCUGAUAUAGUACUGGGGGUCCAGUGCUGGCACACCCAGGUGUCAGCCCAAAGGGUCCCUGUACCAUCUUAAGUGAGCUGGGAGGCAGGGAAAGAUGCACCAGUGAGUGUCGGCCCCCAACACCCCCUGCACACCCCCCCCACCCCGUUUUAUAAGUGGCAUUUUGUUAAUGGAAAUCCGGGAAGCAGGUGUGAUUACUUUUUGCUCGUAGAUAUUGUCUUAAGUUGAAAUUCUCCCAGUACCCUAAACUUUCCCUAGUAGCCCCUUUGAAUUUCCUCCUCCCCUUUGGUAGCUGUUUUCUCCACCACCCCUCUCCACCUCCCCUCUUAUCUAGGAGCUGUUUUUAAGCACGAUUUUUUUUAACAGGUUAUAUUGUACAGGAUCAAUAUUUUGCUUUUUAACAAGGAUAUUUAUGUAAUAAGAAACUUUGCCUUAGGCAGGUGUUGGCCAGAAAAGUCCAGAUUCCUCUGGAACCCCACCCUGGCCUCUCCUGGAGCUCUGAUCCUGCUGUGGAAGGAAUUGGCUGUGACCUUCACCACCAGAGAGUAGGGUCUAGCGAGGGAAAGGGGUGUUCACCGUCAUAAUCUAGUGCCUCCAUGGAGGGUGUGGAAGUGUUCCAGUCCAGUGGCUUCUGGUGUCGGCUGACUUCCUGCGCUGAUUCUCCUCCCACACCUCUCCACCUCUGCAUAUCCGGCACUAGAACUCCUGAACAUCUCUUCUCACGUUCUCCCCUCCUUCCCUGUGGUCGAGGCUUCGGAGCCACCCUUUCGUAAUGCCAGAUUAUUUAAAGAGAGAAAAAUACAAGACAAAAACCUUCUAGCACUUUGUAAACACAGUGAAUAACCUCUUGGAGUAUUUUUGGCUUUAUAUAAAACAAGGUUUUUAAUUGUAAAAUAUAAGUGCCAUUAGAAAAUGCACAGGGCAUAUCUUUGUUAAAGUAGAUUUUUUUCAAUGUUUUACAGAAUUACAUUUUCAAAAAAAGUUUUUAUAAUGAAGUUGUUUAUUAAAAACUUCUGAAUGA